AAGAGAAGGGCAGCAACGAGUUUUAUCUAUCCAUCUCUCCAUGAACGGGUUUUAGAAGCUGUGGCUGAAGACCUUCCCUCUACAUGGUUCAACGAAAACUGUAGCAAGAAAUCCUGCAAUGAGUACAAUACCUACGUGAUGGGGAGAUUCACUUGCGACAAUGAUGACUGUCCAAAGUCGACAUGGACCAGUAAGAUGGUGACGAUCUUAAUUAAAGGAUACCCCAAAAACGGUUACAACGCCACUGUAUUCAACCAGCACUGUUCUUCAUGUAAUAAUCUUGGCAAUUUCACUCUCGAUGAGCAGUCCUACAUCGAACGAGUCGCAUACCGGCUUAAAACUUGGGCAGGGGUCGAAACGGAUCGGCCGGUCUUCUCUGGGAAAGACGGCCCCCCACAUAAGGCUGAUCUCUGUGAGGGCUGUAAGCGGGGUUAUUGUCAGAGGCGAAAUGGUUUGAGGUUCGGGUAUUCUGAUAUCUAA